AUGGGGCUUCUUCCAGGAACACUUGUCAUGCCAUCUGGACCCAGAAAGCCGUCGCUACUUCGAACGCCAAAUUUACGCAUGCGAUUAGAAUGGUACAGAUUGAAGAAGAAAUUGCGCGCUUUGCAAGGGUGCGUCACAUACAAAUUUUUAUUAAAGAGCCGGCCUUGGCCUAAACUCCGCCGCGGAACGAUUGCUCCCGAGGCAAAAAGGCUCUACGAAAAAAUGUACACCGCGUUUGCCGACGGUGACAUGGCAACUUUGGAGAGCAUCUGUCACGAAGGGCUUCUUGCCUCAUUCGGCACGCGAAUCAAUGUCCGCCCACCCAAAGAAAGCUUGCAAUGGACGCUACACAAAUAUAUCGGCUUUUCCCGUAUUGUCAGUACCAACAUUGUGUCACUUGGGAUUGAGGAGUCGGCGCUGUACCAAGUGGUCGUCAAAAUUAAGUCUAUGCAGAGCCUCGAGAGGACGCCUGCAAAUGGUGUCGCAAGCGAUACGACCGAAGCGAAGAAGAUGGUAGAAUAUGUGGUCUUGCAAAGAAUGAUGUUGAGGGGAAAAGAGGGGAGAUGGAAGAUUUGGGGAACAAUUGAGGAAAGCAAGGUUGAGGACGUGUUGGGGGACGACGCAGUUGUUGCCACACCAGUUGUUGGAAAACAAUGA